CUAUAUAUCCAAAAUGUCUUGUCAAAUUUGAUGUGUCUUUAUGCCUAUAAAUUUCAAGUACAAAUCAAUAUAAUGAAGUGAACAUAAACAUAGAAAAACGUAAUGCCAUCUCCAGUUAGCAGUGUACAGGAACCCUCAACAGCCCCAACAACACAUACUCAUACCCAUUCCGUUGAAACAAAGACCGAAAAAAAACCGACAGUUUUAGAAAGUCAUGGGUACUAUUUGGGGAAAACAAUAGGUUCUGGUUCGUAUGCCACAGUGAGGUUUGUGUUUGCUUUUAUUGAUUAUAAGGUAGCACACAGCGAACGGCAUGAAGGCAAUGUUGCAGUAAAAAUUGUGAGCAAAUUUACAGCUCCGGCAGAUUAUUUAAAAAAGUUUUUACCACGCGAAAUAGAAGUAGUUAAAGGACUGAAACAUCCUAAUUUAAUAAGAUUUUUGCAAGCUAUUGAGACAACCCACAGGGUCUACAUAGUUAUGGAAUACGCAGAAAAUGGCAGUCUUCUGGAUAUUAUCCGGAGAGAUUCCCAUAUUGAUGAAAUCAGAUCUAGAAAGUGGUUUAGACAAUUGGUAGAAGCUGUGGAGUAUUGCCAUGAAAGAGGAGUGGUGCACAGGGAUAUAAAAUGUGAAAAUUUAUUAAUGGAUAACGACUACAAUAUAAAGCUCUCGGAUUUCGGCUUUGCUAGGGGUCAUCUUAGGCAAAAAAAUAAUCAGGUGCAACUCAGCGAAACGUUUUGCGGUAGUUACGCUUACGCUUCGCCAGAAAUAUUGAAAGGGGUACCUUAUAAUCCCCAAAUGUCUGAUGUCUGGUCGAUGGGAGUGGUAUUGUACGCUAUGGUAUUUGGGAGGUUGCCCUUUGAUGACACAAAUUAUAACUUGCUACUAAAACAAGUUUCAAGUAAAGUAACAUUUCCAAGGGAGCCAAAAGUAUCUUCGAGUGUAAAACAAUUGAUAGUGAAAGUUUUGGCUCCUCUUAAAGUAAGAGUUAAAAUUUGCGGAAUAAAAAAUGAUUCAUGGUAUAAUCAUUCAUCUGGAGAAAAAGCUAGUACCAGUAAAGAACAAGGAACGGACUCAGAAAUAAAACAGCCAGGACAAGAGGCGGAAUCAACCAACACCGAACUCUCUAAGCCAGCGACUCUGGUAACAAAACAACAGUUGAAAAACGAAGCUAAACAUAAAAACGAACACCGACAUAUCACCGAUGACGAAACGCCACUGGCAACUGAAAUUCCGGAAAGUCCCGAGAAAGAAGCAGAUUACAAUUCGAAAAGAAAAAAAUACAAAAACUGAAUUAAUUAAAUCGAAUGUAUACUAUUUUACGCUAAUCUGAAAAAAUAAAGUCAAUACUUAAGCGGGCAUAUUGGUAUUUGAAAUAUAUCCAGAAUUUCCUUCUAGAACAGCACUUUUUACUUUUUUCUAACUGGAUAAAUUGCAAACGAGGAUAACAUUUUAGGUAUCAAAAUGCGUUUUAAGUUUCUACACUUUUUCAAGUGAAAUUUUGAGUGUUGGAGAUUUAUUUAGUUUAGUUCCACUGAUUUCCGUUUGAUUUUUUUAUAUCUACUACUAGGCAGAAUAUUUUGGUCGAAAUCUAGUUAUUAUGAAUACUCAUCACGUUGGAAUGAGAAAAAAGAAGUAAACGGAUAGGCAUAAUAAAAUUGAGAAAACUGAUAUACACAGUUCGCUUUAAUUAUACAUUUUAAAGACUCAUUAUAACGAGAUUUUCAAGUAUGAAAUAUACUAUGACUUUUAGACUUGAUACAUGACUGCAAACUUUAAAAUUAUUAAAGAAAAAAAUGAGAUUUUUGUUUCCUUAGAUAAUGCAUAUUAUUAAUGACAAUUCUUCAGUUAAAGUACGGUUGGUUUUUUAUCCAUAAACAAAAACCUUUUAUUUGUACAUAUUUAUUGAGGCGGUGUACAUCUCCUUUUUAAUUAAUGUACAUACAUAAAUAUG